AUGGAACACAUCAAUAUAGAAUUAUUGAUCAGUUUGGUCCAGAAGCGAAAGUUGUUGUGGUGCCCAACGGAUCCGGGCUACAGCAACAAACCGCUAGUGGAGAAGUCGUGGAAACAAGUGGCAGGCGUUUUAAGAUGUAUGCUCCUGUUCAGUCUGUGCUUCUUCCACGGUGUCGUGCAGGAGCGGCGCCAGUUUGGUCCGAUCGGUUGGAACAUACUGUACGAGUUUAACGAGACCGAUCUGAGCAUCAGCUUGACGCAGUUGCGAAUGUUUUUGGACGAGUAUGAAAAAGUACCGUAUGUGGCACUACGCUACCUAACCGGAGAGUGUAACUACGGUGGCCGUGUAACGGAUGAUUGGGAUCGUCGGUGUUUGAAUACGCUUCUAGCAAAGUUCUGCACGGCGCAGGUGCUGGAGAACGAGAGAACGGACACUUUGUUGGCCAAUACGCUCAAGACACAGAGUAGUCUACUAAUUGAGUAUGUUAUUCUCGCACAGAACACAUCAACCGGUGUGUUCAGGGAAACUCCUGCCGAGCUUGUGAUUAGCGUAUCGUCAAACAUUUUGAAGCUUCUUCCGCCAGAGUUUGAUCGGGACGCCGCACUGGAGAAGUAUCCGACCGACUAUCAUCAGAGCAUGAAUACGGUACUGGUGCAGGAGAUGGUACCGUUUAACAAUCUACUCAUCUGCAUCCGGGGUAGACUCCAGACGGCUCGCAAAGCCAUGCAGGGUCUUGUCGCCGUGUCACCAACCGUGGAAGAGGUGGUCAGCGCGAUACUGGUCGGCAAGAUCCCAUCCGUCUGGGCGAAGCGUUCCUACCCGAGCCUGAAAACGCUCGGCUCGUACAUUGCGGACUUUAUCGCGCGGUUAGAAUUCCUGCAAAAAUGGUACGACGAAGGCCCGCCAGCAACAUUCUGGGUGUCGGGCUUUUUCUUCACCCAGGCAUUUUUGACCGGCGCACAGCAAAACUUUGCCCGCAAGUACGUCAUACCGAUCGAUCUGCUAGUGUUCGAUAAUGGGAUAGGGAAAAGGGCAGGAUGGGAUCUGCAGGAGUCUAUACCACGCGUCCUGUUUGAUACCAUUCUGCUGAAACCGAUGAAAAAAGACGAUUUUGUUCCGCGGCACACGUACCGCUGUCCGGUAUACAAGACGGCCGAACAGCGCGGUACGCUUUCCACGACGGGCCACAGUACUAACUUUGUCAUAGCGUUGUUGCUAAAUUGUGAUCCCAAUGUGAAACCGGACCAUUGGGUUUUGCGUGGUGCGGCUAUGCUUUGUCAGCUUAGUCACUAA